AUUCAUUACAAUUCGGUCGGAUACUAAGCCCGAAACUACCGACCCUGUUGCCAUCCCGAAGAGGGGAAAAAAAUGAUAGGUGCUGAAUGCUUUAUCUGCCAUUGUUUGAACAGCGUUAGAGUGGAUAACUGAACAAAGAAAAAUGUCCUCCACAUUGGACCCUGAUUAUUGCCGGAAAAAUGAAUUAAAAGCUUUUGAUGACACAAAAGCUGGUGUUAAAGGACUUGUUGAUGCUGGAAUUACCCGGGUCCCUCGCAUUUUCCAUCAUCCACCUGAUGACCAUGACAAAAUUUCACACCAUGCUGCUGAAGCCAAGUUCACUUUUCCCGUUAUAGACCUUGAGGGCGUCAAUCAAGGUUCAGCUUUGCGCAAGGAGAUUGUUGACAAAGUACGACAUGCUUCAGAGACUUGGGGAUUUUUUGAAGUCAUCAACCAUGGGAUUUCUCUAAGUGUCCUGGAGGAGAUGAAGGAAGGAGUUCGUAGGUUCUACGAGCAAGAUGUUGAGGUGAAAAGUGAAUUUUUCUCUCGUGAUUUCACGAAAAAGGUUGUAUACAAUAGCAACUUUGAUCUUUACACUUCCCAAUCUGCUAAUUGGAGAGAUACUCUUACUAUUCAAAUGGCUCCUGAUCCUCCCAACCCAGAAGAGCUUCCAGCUGCAUGCAGAGAUAUAGUACUGAAGUACAGAAAGGAAGCACUGAAAUUGGGAGAUUUACUAUUCCAAUUAUUAUCAGAGGCUCUUGGUCUGAAUUCAAACCACUUGAAAGACAUGGAUUGUGCUGAGGGGCUUGUAGUUCUGUGUCAUUACUAUCCAGCAUGCCCGCAACCAGAAUUAACCAUGGGCACAACCAAGCAUUCAGAUAAUGACUUCCUCACCGUGCUUCUUCAAGACCAUAUUGGUGGCCUCCAAGUUCUUCAUCAGAAUCAGUGGAUUAAUGUUCCUCCCACGCCUGGGGCUCUAGUGGUUAACAUUGGAGAUCUUCUACAGCUCAUAUCAAACGACAAGUUCAUAAGCGUUGAGCACAGGGUGCUGGCAAACAACGUAGGACCAAAAGUAUCUGUGGCAUGCUUUUUUAGCACUGGCCUAAUGCCAAAAUCAAGAAUCUAUGGACCUAUUAAAGAGUUGUCAUCGGAAGAGAAUCCUCCGAAGUACAGAGAAACCACGGUGAAAGAAUAUGUUGCUCACUUCCAUGCAAAAGGCCUUGAUGGGACUUCUGCUCUGCUGCAUUUCAAGCUCUGAAGCCUAGAAUGACAAAUAUGUGGCCAUGUGAUCUGAUUAGCACAUCUCGUGGAAUUUGAUUGAUGUUAUUUGUGGAAUUUGAUUAAUGUUAUUUUUGGAAUUUGAUAACGAAGCUAUGCGAACAUUAUUUUGGAAUUGGUCAUA